AUGACACCAUCUUCGCCUUCGACAUCAUCGUCAGUAGUAAUUAAACCUCCGUUUCCACCAAUAGUAGAUACGUUGGGAUUAAUUUCAAAGAAAUCGGUUGACGGAAGAAUUCCUGCUAGGGCACCAAAUGCGUUUAUAAUCUAUCGUAAAGUUUACGUGGAAGCAGCCAGACAACAAGGCCACUACCUACCAAUGACCGUCGUCUCAUCAAUGGCCUCCCAGUCAUGGGAACAAGAACCAGAGUUUGUUAAAUCAGAAUAUAAAAGUGAUAAUAAUAUUUCUGCCACCACCACCAACAGUAAUGAUAAUGCCAAUACAAUAAAUUAUGAUCAAUUGAUUCCUUUAUCGAAUUUAUCAAUAAGCCAGGAUCCAAUUAACGCCAAUAACGAAAAUAGUUUACUACAUCCACAAAAUCCAACAAAUUUAAAUUCAACUACACCUUCAACACAUACACCACCAAUUGAAAGUCUUCUUGACAUGACACUCAGAGAUGUCAUAGAAAUAUUUAAAGAUGAAAUUUCACCUUUAUCAUUAUAUUCUUCUUCUACUUCACCAUCACCUUCCUCACCAACGAGUUAUUAUUAUUCCUCUACACCUUCGUCAUCUACUUUAUCUCUAUCAUCAACUUUAUGCGGUGAAGAAGAUUACCAAAAAGAAGAUUUCAGGAAAGAAAGUUUUAAUCUGCCUCCUUCUGUUAGUGCAAAUGAUAUUUCUUUGGAAACUAGUUUGGCAAGAUAG